AUUACGAGAGAAGCGCGUCACUGCCUGCCAACCGAAAGGUAGGGGUGUGUGUGUGUUUCAUGGAGGAGAAGUAGGCUACAGUUUGGGCUGUGUUUGCUUGACCGUAGAAAUGAGCAAACACACGUCAUAUUUCGAGAACACCAGAUAACGAUACGGCGACGUUUAACCGACGACAUAGACAGCUCUGUCACUAACAUUACGUACUAUUGCUAGCUAGCUACCUCGCGCCGUUAUUAUGAUGUUGUCGGUGGGAAUGGCUCGGUCGUAGCCAAAGUAUCCUGUUGAACCUGUGUUUUACUGUCAGUGGACGUGAUGCGUUUCAACGAGAAGGAGCUGGUGUCUCUGAGCCGCCAGCCCUCGGAGAUGGCAGCCGAGCUGGGGAUGCGAGGACCCAAGAAAGGAGACGUUGUAAAGAAGAGGCUGGUGAAACUCGUUGUUAACUUCCUCUUUUAUUUCCGAACUGAUGAGGAGGAGCCAAUUGGAGCUUUGCUGCUGGAGCAGUGUCGGGUGGAAAAGGAGGACAGCCAGAGCUUUUCUAUUGCAUUUCUGGAUGAAGCAGAGAGGAAGUAUCUGUUUGAGUGUGACUCAGCAGAGCAGUGUAGGGAGUGGGUCGACUCGAUUGUGAAGGCCAGGUAGGACCGACUCUUUUCCAUCUUAUUACAACAGACACCACGACCUGGCGGUAACUGACUAGAUUAAAUGACUACAAUUUUGAUAAUCAGUCAUUUCAGUCAAUUAUCCAGUACAAAUACCAGAAUUUCUCAAAUUACAAGCUAAAGACUUUGGGUUCUAUGGCUGAUAAUAA